UUUAAUAAAUUCAAGGCAUUUUUACUGGUCCGUCGAGGUUCUGUAAGGUUGUCCAAUUACAGACUUCGUCCAGUAGAUAGCGAUACUUCAACACUUGAUUCUGCGAACGCUUUUAAAAACGAGAGAAGAAGAAUUUUAAGAUUUCGCGGAAAUGUUUGGUUUUAAAUAAGUAGAAACCGACUUCAUUUGUAAGCUCAUCGUUUAUUGUCUGCGUAGAAAUGCAUUUUAACAAGUAUAAAGAUAAACACCAUCAAGAGUCGAGUUUGUCGUUAUCUUUUAUUAAUGCUCCCAAUGAUAAAACGCUGACAGCGGCGUCUAAAGAGAAAAAAGAAAACAUAAGAAUGGGCAAACAGACGGCAGCUGUGUACGCAGCAAAGAUAAAGACCAAAAUACACAAUACCUCAUCAUUCUUCAAGCUUUCUUUGAAAAGCAACAACAAGGCCCUGGCUCUGGCUCUUGUUGCUCAAAAGCAGAAGAGCAGAGAGCUGGAGGCAGAGGUGAUGCGACUGAGGAAAGAUGCGCAGUCAACUCAUUUUGAUCUUGCUCAUCAGCGUCAUAAAAACAAAGAACUGUUUGGCAUUAUACGAGAGGUUUAUAAUUCUUCCCUAAACUGGAUGGCAAAGGCAGUUGACAUUUUCUGUAAUGAUGAGGAUCCAGUCAGCAUGGACUCAGAAGACAAUGCCAGUGAAGACCAAAUCAUUGAAACGGGAGAGGUUGAGAGUUUGCGAGACAGACAUUUGUGUCCACGGCAGGACCAUGCUCAUUCUGAACCGGUGAAUUCAGCCAAGGAUGCUCCCAGCCAAGAGAGAGAAAACACCAUAUAUGACUCUGAAAUGGAGAUGACCGUUAGUGACAGUGCUGCUGAAAUAGUAACAGUUGAAACAAAUCCCAGAAAAACCUCUACAGUUACAGAAGAACAGCAUAAAAAGAAGGAUUUGAGUCUAUCGGAAAAAGGUAGUGAGGUUAUAUAUGCAAAUGAAGGCUCACCGAUUGAAUGUAGUAGAUUAAAAUAUACAGCAGCUGUGCCAAAAGAGAUAACCACUGUCACACAGCAGUGCUCUCCCAGUUUUCAGAGCGAGGUGGAGAUCAGGCAGCAAUUGGGAUCAAUAACUGCAAGGAGAAAGACUCAUGUCACCGCUCAUUGUAAUAAAAGUAGCAGACGUACAUGUAAACUGAAAGAACCAGAUCCAAGAAAAACAUAUCUGAUCUCCCAGGAACUUCCUAAUGACAUUUUUGAUGAUUGUUUCAGUGAUUUCGAGCUUCUGAACUCUGAAAGAAGCAGGGCAUUGCUUUCACAUGAAAAUAUUUCAAAUAAAGCUGCUAAAAGCAAAGCUAAAGAGUCCCAUGCUACGCGGGAAACUAGAAGAACAAUGAUAGUUCAAGAUGAGCUAAGACCUCAAAAGAGCAGGAAGACCAAAGUCUUGUCCCUUAUGAUGGAACACCGUUUAUUGGAUAUGCAUGAAAAUGUUCAGUCUGCCAGUACUUUAUGCCCAGAGACUGCUUGCACGGAUGUCCGUGUCAGUGAGACUGUAGUUCAAAAACAUAAAAACAAAACUCCAGCACGCUCAAAUUCUCAGUCUGGAGCGCCCCAUGUGCAGAAAAACAGAGGAACAUUUGUGAUAAAGACAAAUCAAUUAUUAAUCAAUGAGGAUUCAUUUUUGAAUGAAACCAAUAUACUGGAAGAUCCCAACAGACCGGAAGUAAUAUCAGAAACCCAAAUGUCAGCUCUCCGUAUUGGUUCAGAUAAUGUUGCACAACAGCACAAGGAGCCAGCGCAUGGAUUUCAUGAGAUAUUGACAGAAAACGCCCAUCAUCCAGAAUGUUCACAAGAUGUGAACGGCAGCCUUGUACAGGAACCCUCUGAAAUUAUAUCAUCAGUGGCCGGUAAAGCCAAAAAACACAGAAAAGAGGGGACAGAUAAAAUAAAAAGGAAAAAUUCCGCACCAAGAGAAAAACCCAAAGCAUUAACAAAGAAAAAAAACAGUUGUGUUGUGAGUGUGGAUGAAACGGUGUUGACUAAAAGGCAAGAUGAGACUGAUCUUCAGAAUGGAGCAGGAUGCAGGUCUUUGUCUAAUACCUUACAGCUGCCAGUAAUGUCUUAUUGCUCAGCCUCAAAGGAAGACCUGACGGACACACAUGAUGCUGAAACCCUUGGAAUAAAUUCCCCUGCCUCUGCUGACGAGUUCGAUCAGACUGACCAUGUCAACGCGCACGUGAAUCUGGAUCAAAUCAACCAGGCUCUUGAGGGCAGGUGCAGGAAAACAUACGUUGUUUCAUCUAGUCACGACUCACCCCUUAAGGAAAAGACAGACAGUGGUGCUUCCAGCGACAUUUCUGAACGUGAUCUUUUUUCUAGUGACACAGAUAAUGUUUCACCUGUAGUAAACAGAAGCAUGUUUGUCAUGGAAAAAUACUAUGUGUCUUCAGAUGGUUUUAGUGGACACACAAAAGACCUUCAAUUCACAGAAGAGAGGCCUCCCUGGGAGACCAUUGACUGUUACACUGAAGCACUCUUAGAUGAAAGUUCUGCCUACAGCCCUCAAGCAGAGAGUCGCUGUCAAACUUUGAACAUUUACCAGGACCAGGACUCAGACAUGAGUCACCAAGCACCAGAAGAAGGCAGGGUUAUGAAGAGUCUAACAAAUACAGAGUCUAACUCUGAUUGCGGGAGAACACGAAGAAGAGCCGCACCAGUCUCCUACAAAGAGCCAACCCUCAACUGCAAAAUGAGGCGAGGGGACAAAUACUCGGAUACAAAGUUCCUUAACUCUCCUGUGUUUAAAGACAAAAAGAAGAAAAAACGAGUUUAGGAGUGACUUUCCCAUUUAUUGAUUCCUUUGGUUUUUUUACAUUUUAUUUAGUUUUAUGUCUUUUUUAUGUAAUGCAGAUGUUUAAGAUGGGUUUUAAAGUUAUCGUUUUUAAUCAAAACUGUUACCUUGGCUUUUUUUUAUUCUUAUGUGUGUGUAUAGAAAAUAUUGUUUCAAGUUAUAUGUAUUUUAUUGGUUAAUAAAGAGAACCUGCUCUAUUUUCUUUUAUUGUUG